AUCCCCCGUCUCCGUCCUACAGCCCGCUGUUGGAACCUGCAAGAAAGGAGAACAGAAUAUGAUGGCAAAGAGAUCAGAUUAGCCGUGAAAAUCCAUUUGAAUCUGCGUUGGGAAGAAAAAUGUCGAAGCUUUUCUCUAGAAUUGCUAGGUUCUUCGGCAAUAGAACUCCCAUGGGAGUUGACAAAGCCGGGAAUCGAUACUUCGCCAGAAAAGAAGAGAUCGACGGCGUCAUGAAAGAGAAAAGAUGGGUGGUAUUUAAGGGAGAAGACGAUCCAACUUCUAUUCCAGUUGAAUGGAUAUGUUGGCUAAAUGGACAGCGCAAAAAAGCUCCAAUGCCAGAGGAAAUAGAAGAGUUGGAAGCAAGGCGUGAGCGUGUGCGUCAGAAUGUUGCUUUUCUAAAGAAAGAAGAAGAGGAAAAGAAGCUAAAAGAAGGCAGUGCACGCAAAGGCACCAGCAUAGGUAAAGUUGCAGGUCCGGACUUGAGAAGUUUUAUUCGGCAAUUUCCUGGUUCUUCCCAAGGUGACAAGGUUGAGGAAGAAACUGACACUGCAGAAGGAGCGAGGCACCAUACCAAGAGAGAAGCUGAAAAGGCAAGACUAGUCCCAGAGUCUUCAGAGCCAAUGGGAUCCGGUGAAACGUACCGGCCAGGGACAUGGCAGCCGCCGACAUGAACUGCGUGGUCAGGCUUUACUCUUUAGCCCCAGAAGGCCAGCUAAGUUUGCUGCUGACAAUACCUUGGCUAGUGAAGCACAUUCUUCUUGUUCUUAGCCAAACGGAAAUACAACAUUGAGUUUAGAAUUAUUAUUAUUAUUUUUUUAAUUUUAUAAUGAAAAUAGAGCACAUUCUUUAUCUCAGAUAUGAAUUGAAUUGUU